AUGAUCGUCUAUGGAAAAGCUUGUCACCUUCCCGUAGAGCUAGAGCAUAGAGCGCUUUGGGCAUUAAAAACCGUUAAUCUUGACAUGACCGAAGCCGCUAGGAAGCGGAAGUUAAGAAAAGUGAAGGAAUUUAGCAAAGGUGACAAAGUAGUUCUCUACAACUCAACAUUGAAGUUGUUUGCGGGUAAGUUGAAAUCGAAGUGGUCGGGACCUUAUAUGGGUCACUAUGUGUUUCCGUAUGGAGCGGUGGAGAUCAUGGAUGAGACGGAUGGCCAUAGUUGGAAGGUGAACGGCCAUCGUUUGAAGCACUACAUUGGAGGAGCGAUAAACAAGAACGAGAUGAAGGAAACUCCUCUCGAAAUCCCAUCCAAAGCCGCCAAUUAG